AUCUCUUUGCUGGUCAAUAGUAGGGGUAGCACACUUCAUCUAGCCGUCUGUGCCAGCCAUCUUGCUUGCUUCUCCACAGCCAGACCUCUCUCCCCAUCGUAAGAACUUCCUCUUUUCAAUUCCUUGCAUUAUCCAAAUGAAUAUGGAGGUCUCGGGCCAGGAACAAAGCUCCGAACAGCUGGAUUUAGAGGACAUCUCAAGGAAAAUUUCAUUCCUUGACAAAUGGAGGCAAAUCUUUAGUUACCACAGGUUGAGAACCAAUAAUACAACCCCUCAGAAUCAUGAAUGUAACCAUACAUCUGCUGAUGAAAAUGAAGAUACAACAGGAAUACCUCAGCCCAAAGGACAAGGACAUUUGCCAUCAAGUGGCCUUUGUUCUAUUCCCAAGCCCUCUAUCAUCUCUUCAAAAUUGGGCGGCUUUCCUAUCUCCCUAGCAAUGACCACGAAGCUGCGGCAGAUUCUGUUUGGAAACACAGUCCGUGUCUUCAGCUAUAACUGGAAAAAGGCCUAUUUCAGAUUCCACGAUCCUUUUUCUGAACUAGCUUUCACUCUGGAAGUGGGAAAGGGAGGGGCCCGAAGCAUUCAGAUGGCUGUGCAAGGAUCCAUCAUCAAAUACUUGUUGUUUACCAGGAAAGGAAAAGACUGUAACCUUGGCAGCUUACGUGAAAUAAGCAAGAAGGAACAGGACCAAGCCCUGGCUGCUGCACUUGCUGGCAUCCUGUGGGCUGCAGGAGCAGCUCAGAAGGCCACCAUCUGUCUUGUUUCUGAGGAGACUUAUGUUGCCUCGACUCCAGACUACUCUGUGGACAAUUUCACUGAGCGACUCCAGCUGUUUGAAUUUUUAGAGAAAGAAGCCGCUGAGAAAUUCAUCUAUGAUCACCUACAAUGUUUCAGAGGGGAAGGGAGCCAUGGUGUCAUCCUGUUUCUGUACAGCCUGAUCUUCUCCAGAACAUUUGAAAGGCUUCAAAUGGACCUAGAUGUCACCACCACUCAGCUGCUACAACCAAAUGCUGGAGGCUUCCUGUGCAGGCAGGCAGUUCUGAACAUGAUUUUAACGGGAAGAGCAAGUCCCCAUGUCUUCAAUGGCUGUGAGAAAGGAAAGUCCCAGGAAACAUUACAUGGAGUCCUGACCCGCAGUGACGUCGGCUAUUUGCAGUGGGGUAAGGACGCCUUGGAAGAUGACAGACUCUCACAGGUGGGCAGCAUGCUGAAGACUCCCAAAUUACCUAUUUGGCUGUGCAACAUCAAUGGAAAUUACAGCAUCCUUUUCUGCACAAACAGGCAGCUCUUAACAGACUGGAAAAUGGAACGUCGCUUUGAUCUGUACUUUUACAGUGGCCAGCCCUCACAAAAAAAGCCUGUGCAUCUUACAAUAGAUACUCACUCCCAUCACUGGGAAAGAGACCAACAGGAGGAUAAACACGGACCAAGACAACGAUUUUCUCCAGUGGAGAUGGCAAUCAGAACCAAGUGGAGCGAGGCCACCAUCAACUGGAAUGGGACCGUUCCUUUUUUCUAAAGGGAAAACUAGGCCGUGCAAUGAAGUCUGAAGUGUCAGAACUGCUGGGAUGCAAAAGCCUCAUGUGAGGGAGACCAUUUGUGUGUGUAUUUCUCAUUCAUGAGCCCCAACAAAAAAAAUAUCAUUAGCAGUUUUUUCAUUUUUUAAGUGUCUGGUAAAUCCCUUGCUGUCACUGUUGUAGGAGAAACGCUGGCCCUACAUUAGGGUCCGAACGGUGGCUCCUCCACAGUCACACAGACUGUUUCUUUCCUUUACUCAAAAGAGAAAACGUAGGCUCUUUCUUAUAUGUUUUUCCAAAGUUGUCUUUGGUGUAACUGUCCACACAGAUUAUGGAAGCAGGCUGCUAGCUUUCAUUUGGGGAUGAAGUCAUUGGUAAUACAUCAUCAGAUUUUAGUUAUGGAAAGAACUCAAGCCUUCUCAAAGACUUCCUGGUAUGCAUAGCAUUCCUUUCCAAGGACACAGUUCAUAUGCCCUCAUUAUCAAGUUCUUGUCAUUAAAAUAGUAAAUGGGCUUCUUGGGGCUUGAGCAGGGGCUAUUCCUGGUGAGCUGGAAGCUAUAGCAGUUGACAUGUGGGUUCCAGUAGGCACAAGGAGACAUUCUUUUUAUUAGUGCUAUAUUUGUUUCUCUUCUUCAACACUGGAUAUAAAUACAAACAGAUACACUGAGAAAAAUUCUGGUUUCUACAUAAAAUUAUAUAUAAAAAUAAAAUCUCUUAUCUCAUUAUCCAAAAGGGAAAACAAUUCUUUUUAGAAUAUAAUCUUUCCCUGUCCUGUUAAAUGCUUAUGGUCUUUCUGAAGAGAUACCGAGUAGACAUAUAUUUCUUCUAAAAGGAGUACAUGAAAGGCCAGGCACAGUGGCUCA